AUGUUCGAUGAGUUUGCGGAGAAGAAUGGGGACAAACAGUGGGAUGAAUGGCGGACGCGGGUCCUUGACGCCAAAGAUGACAUUGCGACUUUCGUCGGCACCCGUCUGGGAGUUAGCGGAGCCAGAUAUGUGACCUGGCACCAGGGAUCCUUCAACCUCUGUCUCCAGAUUGCGUUCGAUGAUGCGCCGAACGCUAUAAUUCGGUUUCCAGGGCCAGGACACACGACCUUCCGCGACGAAAAGAUCGAGAAAGAGGUUCAGGUUAUCAAUUUUCUCCAUGAGAACACCACGAUUCCCAUUCCCCGCCUGAUAAGCUGGGGUUUGACCGACGACAACAACAAUCCCAUGGGAUUUGGCCCUUUCAUGAUCUCAGAUUUUGUCGAAGGAACCAGCUUGUGUACUGUUCUAUCUGACCCAGCCGACAUUCACAAACCUUACCUAAAUCCCAAUAUUGACGAGAAAGCUCUGGACACCGUCUUUGAGCAGAUUGCCGAUUUCCUGCUGCAGCUCCACCAGUUCGAUUUCUCAAGCAUCGGAUCAAUCUCGAAAACUUCAAGCUCGUGGCAGCUGGCAACCACGGCAUUUUUCCCCGUGGAUAAAUUUCCGACAGGCCCUUUUCAGUCAGCCAGAGAGUACUUUGACUACAUCAUUCAAGAACACAUGACACAUCUUCAGACUCAGCGGAAUCUCAUUUUCAGCAAAGACGAAGCCAAAGAGCGAUACACCGCGCGCCAUUUGUUCGCACAGCUAGUCGACAAGUACUGCUUGAAUGAUGAUGGCGGCUCUUUCAAACUCUUCUGCGACGACCUACGGCCUCAAAACAUGCUUGUGGAUCCAGACACCCUACGCAUCACGGCCGUCCUCGAUCUCGAAUUCACUAACGCUCUACCGAGCCAAUUUGCAUCCGAGCCACCAUGGUGGCUGCUGCUCGUGGGUCCAGACAUGUUCCUCUACCGAGGCCACACCAUGGACGAGUUCUUUGCCGCGUACGAACCACGUCUAGAGCAGUUCCUCCGAGCCAUGCAGAGGGCUGAAAAAGCAAGAGAUGUACAAGUACAACAGCAUGUUGGUGAAAAGGCACUCUCUGAUCUCAUGCGCGAGUCAUGGAGCUCGAAGCGUUUUUGGUUCAACUAUGCUGCGCGCAAGCCAUACGAUGUUGAAGUUCUGUUUCGCGGCGCACUGGACGAGAAGACAGGAGCGGGCAUCGAAUCGCUGAGCGCUGAAGCGCAAGCAGGGCUGGAUGAGUUUAUCGAGACGAAGAUGACGCAGUUGUAUGCGUACAUAGACGACUGCAAAGUUCUUCUUUAAGCGUUGAAAGCUCUUUGAGACAGUUACCACGAAGUU